AAUGUGUUCCGUGCUCAAACCCGUCGAUAUGCAACAACUUAUAUCCGGUGGAAUAUGUCUAUUCAUCUGGAUAUGAUCACCCUGGCCUCUGAAUAAGCUGGGUCGAUUGGGUUACGAACUAAACCGUCGGCCACUUCUGCUGGUCUCAUCCCAGUUACGACCGACGUUACGAGCAGACAACACCCCGUCUCGGCCAGACCCUUUCACGAUCACACACCAUUUUUAUACCUCAUUCGACGACCCCUUUACCGACCACUCAUGUGCUGAAACGGACACGCAAACGUACGAAACCUCCUUGCCGGCCUUUACCUCAACCAGGAUUGGCUAGCCCCGACUUUUACCUUGACGCGGAUUCCGGACGACCACGGCACGUCCAUCUGGAACGAUCAUGUCCUUCUAUCAACCCAGUGUCGGGCCGGGUUAUGAUCAGGGCAUGUCGCCCGUCGAUCAGAUGGACCCCUAUGCGCAAUCACAAAGACAAGGUCGGAUGCCUCCUGUACCUAUCCAGCCCACGCCUCUUCUGGACAACUCCCAUCUUCGACCCGGUGAACAGGCAGCUUUGCUUUCCAACGAAAAGACCCUCCAACUCUACCGAGAAAAUGCGAAAAAGACCAACGACCCGGAACUCAUCUUCGAAUUCGCCGUCUUCAUGAUCGAAGCUGCGAAAUCCCUCGACGCCAACACCGCUCCGGACGGCCAGACCCAUCCCAACUUGUCCUCCACCACAGCUCCUCUUUCGGCCAUCAACGAGCAGAAACGCGAGGAUCUCGUCAAAGAAGCUACAGCUCUCUUGAAACGACUCGCCGAUAGGGGUCAUCCUGACGCUCAAUACUACUUGGCCGAUUGUUAUGCGAACGGUAUCGGAACAGUUCGAGCCAGACAAGACUUUGACCGGGCGUUCCCGUUGUUCGUCUUGGCUGCCAAGCAUGGGCAUCCUGAUGCUGCUUAUCGGGCAGGGACGUGUUGUGAGCACGGAUGGGGAUGUCGACGAGAGACCGCCAAGGCUGUGCAGUUUUACAAGAAAGCAGCCGUGGCUCUCCAUCCUGGUGCCAUGUACCGACUCGGAACAGCCGAAUUGAACGGGUCGCUCGGUCUCCCCCAACGCCCAAAAGAGGGAGUCAAAUGGCUCAAACGAUCAGCCGAACACGCUUCCGCUGAAUUCCCUCACGCUCUCCACGAGCUCGCACUCUUGCACGAACGGGGGAUCGAGAACGUCCUCUUUGUCGACUUGGAGUAUGCGACCGAGUUGUUGGCGCAGGCUUCUGAACUGGGGUACGCCCCGAGCGCCGUCAAAUUGGGAGAAUGUUACGAAUAUGGAAAGAUGGGAUGUCCCAUGGAUGCGGCGCUCAGUAUUCAUUACUACAACAUUGCUGCUCAACAAGAUCAUCGGGACGGGUGUUUCGCAUUGACGGCGUGGUAUCUCGUCGGAUCUCCCGGCGUACUCCCGCAGUCCGAUACCGAAGCCUUCUUAUGGGCUAAAAAGGCAGCAGAGAUGGGACUGGCCAAGGCGCAAUACGCCGUUGGGUACUUUACCGAGGUCGGAAUCGGUACACCUGCUUCUCCUCAGAACGCUAUUCAGUGGUACCGUAUGGCAGCCGACAAUGGCGACAAGCGAGCGGACAAGCGCCUGAAAAACUUUGGCUCGGCCGCUGUCAACGCCGCUCCGGGGGCGAGUCGAAACGAAUUACUAGCCAGAGCGGCGGAAGGCGGUGCCGACGGGAAAGGCGGGAAAGACAAGGACUGUGUGAUCAUGUAAAGAAGCUUUAUGAGAAGGAACAUGGCGGCAGGGUGAAAAGAUAGACCAAACACGACUCGCGGCUCACACGCUAGCGACCCUAUAUAGUAACCUGAUUGUAUCGUUUAGACUAGCUAAUCACCCGGGAACACCUUGAGUUGCACGUCAACGGAAUGAUGAGAUGCAUGAGCUUUCGC